AUGCCUAUUGAACAGUUUUCUGAGUCUCAUGAGGGAGAGUGUCCUUUCCAGAACAGCGAAUCCCACACAAAAAAUAACAACCCAAGGAUAGACGACUGCUAUGGAACAAUGGUGGGGAAAGAGCUGCCAUUCUCUCAGGGAUUAUGCACUGAAGACGGAGAAGAUCACAUAAUGCUGACUCCAGAAGAAGAAGGGACAUCAAUUUGCAUUGGAAUAAAAACAGAACUGCACGUGGCAAAUGAAACGUUUUCAUCAGAGGAUGAAGAUCUGGAUAUAAUUUAUAGGACAACCAGUACAAUGUGCAACAAGGCAUCUCAGAAGAAAUCAAUCACACAAAUUAUUAAGGAUAAAAAGAAGCAGACGCAGCUUACUUUACAGUGGCUGGAAGAGAAUUAUAUAGUAUGUGAAGGAGUUUGCCUGCCUCGAUGCAUAUUGUAUGCACACUAUUUAGACUUCUGUAGGAAGGAAAAAUUGGAGCCAGCAUGUGCAGCAACAUUUGGAAAGACAAUCCGUCAAAAGUUCCCACUUCUGACCACAAGAAGAUUAGGCACCAGAGGACAUUCAAAGUACCAUUAUUAUGGCAUUGGAAUAAAGGAAAGCAGUGCCUAUUACCAUUCAGUGUACUCUGGAAAAGGGCUGACAAGGUUUUCUGGAAGCAAGCUGAAGAGUGAGGGUUGUUUCACUAGAAAAUAUUCUCUUAAUUCGAAAACCGGGACGCUUCUUCCAGAAUUUCCUAGUGCCCAACAUCUGGUUUUACAAGGAUCAUUGUCCAAGGAGAAGGUGGAUACUCUCAUCAUGAUGUACAAAACCCACUGCCAGUGUAUACUUGAUAAUGCUAUCAAUGGGAAUUUUGAGGAGAUCCAACACUUUUUAUUGCACUUUUGGCAAGGAAUGCCUGACCAUUUGCUACCCCUGCUUGAAAAUCCUGUAAUCAUUGAUGUAUUUUGUGUUUGUGACUCAAUUCUUUAUAAGGUUCUCACAGAUGUCCUUAUACCAGCAACAAUGCAGGAAAUGCCUGAAAGUUUACUAGCAGACAUAAGAAACUUUGCUAAACAUUGGGAACAGUGGGUGAUUUCAUCAUUGGAAAACCUUCCAGAAUGUCUCUCAGAAAAGAAAUUGCCUAUUGUCCGAAGAUUUGUGUCAUCAUUGAAAAGACAGACUUCAUUCUUGCAUUUGGCUCAAAUUGCUCGACCUGCAUUGUUUGAUCAGAACAUAGUGAACGCCAUGACAGUAGACAUUGAAAAAGUAGACUUGUAUAGUAUUGGUUCUCAGGCUCUUCUUAGCAGCAGUAAUGGGACUGACUCAGAUAUUGAUGUCUACACUGAGCUGUUUCAAGAACUGAAAGAUCUUUUAAAGAAAAAUGCAACAGUGGAAUCCUUUAUUGAAUGGCUUGAUAAUGUUGUUGAGCAAAGAGUUAUCAAGGCAAGCAAGCAAAAUGGAAAGUCACUGAAGAAGAGAGCUCAGGAUUUUUUGUUAAAGUGGAGUUUCUUUGGAGCAAGAGUUAUGCACAAUCUGACAUUAAACAAUGCAGCAAGUUUUGGCUCUUUCCAUCUAAUACGCAUGCUGCUUGAUGAAUAUAUACUCCUAGCAGUGGAGACACAGUUUAACAAUGAUAAGGAACAAGAACUCCAGAAUUUGCUGGAUAAGUACAUGAAGAAUGCAGAUGCUAGCAAAGCAACCUUUACUGCAUCACCAAGCUCCUGCUUUCUUGCAAGCCGAAGUAAAUCUGGUGGACUUUCAAAUGACCCUACAGUGAAGAACGAAUGCCUACAAGAACAGACAUAUUCCACUUUGUCACCAGACCAGCAUGCUCGUGGUUUACACUCUUUCUCAAAUGAAGAUAAUGAAACUAUUUCACUCACAGAUCAGAUGGAUGUAUCGCAAAGCACAUCUCAUCUUAUGACUCCACCUAUGUCACCUGCCAUACUCAAUCGAGGAAGUGUUAUAAACCAAGGACCAAUGGUUUUGAGGCCCUCCAGUGUGGGUCCUGGAUUAACAACUCAUUCUCAAGUUUCUUCUUUUUCUGAGCCACUUUACCACAAUCUUUCUGAACCCAACCAGAACUAUUUUGGAAAUGGUUCAAGCUAUCAAGCCAUGUUCAGAACUCAUACUCCAUCUGGGAACAUUCAGCAUAGGCUGGAUCAGAGUAGAUAUGCACAGCUAAAUGACCAACAAGUAUCACAGGAUUAUUUUGCCAGCAGUUGUGCAGGGACUCCAUUUACCACCCGUCCAUCAUCAAACUACAGGCCGUCAAACCCACAGGAAAUACAAGGAAUGCAAUUCUAUAAUUCAAGUGGAUUCAAUUUCAUAAACGGCACUACUUCUGGAAGCUGCCAAGGAGGAACAUAUUCUUCAAACACAUCUAAUGGUUACUUUGGAAACCAUUUAAACUAUUCAGAAUCCAAUCGGCUGGGUUCAAUGAUUGAUCAGCAUGUAUCAGUUAUUAGUAGCAUUAGUUCCAUUCGACCUUUGCAUUCCUUUAAUGAUAUCCAAGAUCCACUUAACAUAUUAGACGACAGUGGAAGAAAACAGACGGGAACCUACUAUGGCGAUACAUCCCUGCCCAUUCUUUGUCGCAGUUCAGUGGCUUCUAACAUGCAGAGUGGAAUAUCAGGUUCCACUUCUCAGUGCAUGUAUGGAACAUCUGGACAAUAUACUGGACAAGGAUCUGUAGAUUCCAAUGAAGCUGGAGACAUGGUGUCGUCUCUGCCUCCAAUCAACACAGUGUUCAUGGGAGCUGCUUCAGGAGGCACAUGAUGCCCGUGACUGUAAUAACGUUAAGAAUUUGAUGCUAAACAAGAUAAAAAUAAGGCAACAUAACAUUGGGCCCAUGACCGUCCCAUUGUAAGGAACAGAAUUCUGAAAACAGCAUGUCUGUUCUUAUGUAUGCAGCCCUUUGUGAUGGCAACAUAACCUUAGUGACAGAUUCCCUUUAAGACAAAGCAUGCUUAGCAGUUUUCCAUAUACCUUAAUUCCACUGCAUUUUCAGCCUAUUAAUGACCAGAAACUGAAAUUUUACAUUUGUUUAUUUGGGAGAUUUUUUUUGCCAGCAACUAUUAUUUAUGUUCGGUUACUAUCCUGUCUUCCAGUCUUCUUUGAGCUUACAGGAUAUAUUUUAUUGAUUUUAGUAAUAUAUCUGUCACUGUAGAUACAGCAAUUAAAUAUAACAUACAAAUGUCAAAAAGCUGUUGGUUCAAUGAAUAAUAUAGGUAACGGAGUUCUCCAAUGGGAAAUUUGACUGUAGAAAAUAGUAAAAUUGUUUCAUGGAGGUUUCAUAAUCCUAAAUUGACUUCUUAUGUCCAAAACAGUUUAACUCAUUAUUGUGACUAUUCUGAGUGACAUCCAAAAUAAAUUCUACCAACGUUAAUUCAGUCACUGCUACUAUUGGAUGUAUUUACAAAGUCAUAUGACUUCCUAUUUGAGAGGUACUGAGAUAACCCAACAUAGAGUAUCUUCAUGACCCUAGGGCAAGUUGGACUUUUUCUACACUUUUUCUAUGUAUUUGUUACCUUGUUCUACACUCCAUUGUAUUGUCUGUUGGAAACCUGUCCACAAGAUUCCUAACAUAAUAAACCAUGAACCUUAAAUUACAACUGUCACAUGAAAUCAGCAUAUAUAACUGUCUACACUAAGAAAGCAUUUAAAGCUGUUUCCAUGUAUUAUGUAACCAUACCUUUGGCUAUUUAUUCUGUGGCUUUAUCUCCAUAAAAAAUACUUUAUUUAGUGGUCAUGAAUGGUCGGAGAGGCGUGGCCAGUGGUCCGCAAUGCCCCGGGUCUGCCAUGCCCCUAUGUCACUCCAUUGCUGCUGUGUAAUUGACAUACAGGUCCACUACACAUGCGCGGUCAAGAUUACGAGGCUCGCUCCCUGCCUCUAGUCUCAGGACUUCUCUGCGCACCACCGGCUAUUGUAUUCCUGCUGGAGCUGCACAGGUCCACCAUGCAGAGAAGUCCUGACACAAAGGGCAGGAAGCGAGUGCAGUAAUAAUGAGCGACAGCUCACGGCAUGGGCAUUGGACCAAUGUGUCAAUCACACAGCGGUCAUGUAGUAAAAUGUGGGAAAAGAAGUGUGGCAGAGCUGGGGCAGUACAAACACCUGGCCACACAUCUGACUGUUCCUGGCUGCAUUAUACAUGGAAAUGUGUGGACAGCUAUAUAUGCCGAUUUCAUCCAACAGUUGCACUUUGAAUGUUUAAUUUUAAAUGUGUAUCAAAUCAUAGUGAAUAUUUACAAGUGUACAUUUCACUAAAUGAAAUGUGAUCUAAUCAGAUCUUAUCUUGAGAUCUCAUUGACUUAUUUGGUGUACAUAUACUUGUAAAUAAAUGUCUAUUUGUAAAUAUAUACAUAUUUAAAUGUCUGUAUAAUAUUAUUUUUAUUUAUUAUACCUAAAGGGUAUCCAUUUGCUAGGAUUUGCCUGACACACAGUCAGGGUGUGUUUUAUUCUACCUCCUAUGGAACUGUUUACAUGAAAGAUACUAGCUACCAAUGUAUGUCUAUCUGCUGUUUAUUAAAUUCUU